GUGGACUUGUCAAACCAAUUGUGUAUUUGGAACAGCAGUUCUGUGCGCGUACCCGCAGUGGGGGGAGAAGAGAGGACAGAAGGCGGCAGGAAGACAAAUAAAGCCGUGUAACAGAAGAUUGUGAAAGUCGUAACACAAAAUACUGCAAAGAUGUCGGAGGAAAAGCCAAAGGAGGGAGUAAAGACCGAGAACGAUCACAUCAACCUCAAGGUUGCAGGACAAGAUGGAUCUGUGGUCCAGUUCAAAAUAAAAAGACACACACCGCUCAGCAAACUUAUGAAGGCGUAUUGUGAACGGCAGGGUCUCUCAAUAAGGCAGAUCAGGUUCAGGUUCGAUGGCCAGCCAAUCAAUGAGACGGAUACACCCGCACAGCUGGAGAUGGAGGAUGAAGACACCAUAGAUGUUUUCCAGCAGCAGACAGGCGGGCUCUGCUAAGCCCAACCCACCUCAUUGACGGCCACCUUCAGACCACGCCCUCAACCACCUUCACCGUCUCUCCCUCCUGAUUGCCCCCCCCCCCCCCUCCCACCCCCAGCUUAUUAUUGUUAUUAUUAUUAUUGUUAUUAUUAUUUCCUCAGUUUAAAGCUGUCCGUCAUAAUGUUUUGCCAGGUGUGUGGUGGGGCUCCUCAGCUGUUAAUGUACUGUCUCAGUCAGGACUGAACUUCUGUGUGUGUCUUUCUGCUGGCCAAUCAGGAUGACCUUUUCCUCUUGGCCCCGCAGGCUGUAAUUGGACCAAUAGCUCAUCAUCAUCAUCAUC